CACAGUUUAGAUCCACAUAAUCGGGGCAUCAUUCUUUUUCUCAACCAUGUUAAUUGAUUAUAUUGGAAUCUAAUUGCCUGUCAUGCUAGGUCCAACGAUCGCAUUUAAGCGUGAGAGAACCACGUGAGUAAGCAGACGGUGUUUACUCAUGUUUGGGUACGAACAUGGAGGAUUACUUACGAGUAUUAUAUGAUGUCAUUAACCUUUAGAUAACUUUAAUACAUUAAAAUGGCAUAUAAUUGGGGCAAUCCUUCCUACAUUAGGGAGGAGAAGGUGCGUAUAAAAACAAAAUUAAGUAUGAGUCCAGAACUUCUGCAUUCAAUGUCCAAAAAAAUUGCACAGUUAACUAAGGUUAUAUACAACUUAAAUAUGAGAAUCGAAGAUAAAGAUGUUUUAAUUAUGACAAUGAAGAGUAGCCAUGAAGAAGAAAUUGAAAAACUCUUAAGGGAUUCAAAAGAGAAAGUAACAGAAUAUAAAGAAAAGAUGUGCCAAGAAACCGAAAUGAAAGAAAAAAUCAAAACUUUGGAAGAUCAAUUACACGAAGCGAGAUCGCUUUUACAUAAAUUGUCCUGUGCCGAAUCUGUAGACAUUGCUAAAUUAGAACAGCCCAACAAAUUAUCUUUCUUAACCGAAAGGUUAGAAACUACAAAAUGUGAUCUACAAAACAUUUUAAAAGAAUUUGAAGUCCUCCAUAAAAAUCUACGUAGCAAUCUUAGGAUUAAAUCGAGUUGCAUGAAGAUCGAAAACUGUGCAGAUUCCGAAGACAAACAGACUCCUCCCAGUGGAAACAUUCAGUUUCUUAGAAAUCUCUGUGAUACGUUAGAAAAAGAAAAUACUUUGCUCGUGCAAAAAUACGAGUGCCUUUUAAAUGCAAUUAAGACUCAGUACGAUGAAAUUUUAUUAGAAGUGCAGAAGAUUAAGUUGCAACCAUUAAAUAAUGCAGCAAACUGUCAGUGCAAUGGAACAAAUUUUAUUAAAGACCUCUCCAAUCACGAAACUUUUUUUAAGAAACGGUUAAACGAAUUAUUGCUCCAAUUAUCCGAAAACGAGGAACAGUCGGAAAGAAAUUUCUGA